GAUUUAAGAGGGUUUUUACUUUUCAGAGAGAAGAAAGAAUAAUAUUUUGCAGAGCUAACAAAAAUGGAGUUCCAAAGGCGGAAAGCGGCGACGAUAGCUUCUCUGAAAUCAACGGUGACUGACAAAUCACCAAAGGGUUCGUUGGAUAUACCAAUCAUACCUCUCAUCAACACCAUCAACGCUCACCCUUCAUUCUUCACUACCAGUUCCUGCUCCGGCCGUAUCUCUAUCCUCUCCCAACCGCCACCCUCCACAACCAAGCUCAAGAAAAAGGCCUUCGGGGGAUCAUGGCUCUUCAUUACCCACGAACCGGCGGAACUCGAUUCAGUUCUCAAUCUUCUAUUCCGCUCCGACUCGACUCCUACCCCGAGCGAUCCUCCAUCUGAUCUCGUCUUCAGGUUUGAGCCUCUCAUUCUCGCUAUCGAGUGUAAGGACCUUUCCUCGGCUCAAUUUUUGGUUUCUUUAGCAAUUGCUUCUGGGUUUAGAGAGUCUGGCAUUACCAGUGCUAGUAAGCGGGUGAUUAUUGCCAUUCGGUGUUCAAUUCGCUUGGAGUUGCCAUUGGGAAAUACUCAGAAGCUUAUGGUGUCUCCUGAAUACGUUAAAUACCUUGUUGGGAUCGCUAACGAGAAAAUGGAGGCGAAUAGGAAGAGAACAGAAGGGUUUCUACUCACAUUGCGCAAAAGUGGUUUUGUGGGAUCGGGGGUUGAGGACACUGAUGGAAUAGAGUAUACUAACGGUUCCUUACUUGAUGACAAAGCUGAAGAGGUUGAGUUGGAAGGGAAAGAAGACGGUGUAAACCAUUCUGGGUCGGCAGAAGUUCCCAAUUUUAGUUUAUCUGUUGUUAAGAUGGAGAUUGUUGGUGAACCUGUUGAAAAGCUUUUUGUUUGGGGUCACUCAGCUUGUAAGUUGGGUAGCUCAAACAACAAUGGAAUCAUGGUGUUCGGUGGCUUUGGUGGCAUGGGAAGACAUUCACGACGAAACUAUUGUUUGCUACUUGAUUCAUUCACUGGCACAUUGACAGCUUUUGAUGCUGAGGGUGGCCCUUCUCCACGCUUGAGCCAUUCGUCUUCUUUGGUUGGAGAUAGCAUGUUUGUUAUUGGAGGCAGGGCUGAUCCAGAGAACAUUCUGAGUGAAGUUUGGGUCUUAAACACGGCUAAGCGUGAAUGGAAGCUUGUAAAAUGCUCCGGUUGCAUCUUUCCUUCCAGGCAUCGACAUACUGCUGCAGUUGUAGGCCGAGAGAUAUAUGUGUUUGGUGGACUUAACAAUGAUACGGUCUCCUCAUCCUUCCAUGUCCUUGACACGGAUAGUAUGCAGUGGAGAGAAUUAACGGUCACUGGGGAGCAGCCAUGUGCUCGACAUUCUCAUUCUUUGGUUGCAUAUGGAUCUCAAUUAUUUUUGUUUGGUGGUUACAGUGGCGAUAAAGCACUUGGAGAUCUUUACAGCUUUAAUAUUGAAACAUGUCAAUGGAAAAGGGAAGAUGCAGCAGGAAGAAGUCCUCAUGCAAGAUUCUCUCACUCAAUGUUUGUUUACAAACACUAUAUUGGUAUUAUUGGUGGUUGUCCAAUUCGACAACAUUUUGAGGAGUUAUCAUUACUUGAUUUGCAAUUCCGUGUGUGGAGGCAUGUGAAGCUCGAUUCAUUUAGCAAAGAUUUAUUUCUGCGCAGCACUUCUAACAUUGUUGGUGAUGAUCUUGUUAUGAUUGGCGGUGGAGCAGCUUGCUAUGCUUUUGGAACUAAGUUUAGUGAGCCAGUGAAAAUUAACUUGCUUUCUCUAAAUCAUCUGGAUAAUUUUAAACCAAUUGAAAAUGGAAGAUUGCAUAGUUCUCAUGGGUGUGAAGUGGCGAAGAGAGAAAGUGACAAAGAUUUUCGAAAUCAACAAGCUGGACUUUCACAAACUCUAACUGGAACUGAAGAUCCUAACAUGGAUAUUGAGGGUGAAAUAUCUGCUGUUAAUGACGGAGAGCAGCAGCUUGCUUCUCUACACUGGGCUCUACAGCUAGAACGGAAAUAUGCAAAAACUGGGAAGGAUAUAUUGAAGAAGUUUGGAUGGUUAGAUCUUGCAAGGAAAGUAUACUCUCAAGAAGAUGGAAUCCAUAUUUGCUUUCCUGUGAAUGAGAGUUUCUGUCGUUUGUAUCCCCAGAAGCCACAUUCCUUGCAAGACUCAUUUGAAGGGCAAAAUGGUCAUUUAGUUUCCCUAGUUAAAACAGAUGAAUCAGUUUCUAAUGAUAUCACUUCUUCAAAAGCCUUGAACAUUCUGAAGGAACGUGGUGCUACUAGGCUGGCAGACAAGGUUGUUGAAGCAAGGAAAGCUGCCAAAUCUCCACUGAAAAUAAUGAGUGAAGCUGUAGCCUCUCUAUUAGAGGAUAAAGGCCUUUCUAUGGAACUUCUCGAGGAGCUACCCACAAGAUGGGAACGGCUUGGGGAUAUUACUGUGCUCCCAAUAUCAUCUUUCAAGAAUCCUUUAUGGGAAUCUAUAGAGGAAGAACUCUGGCCUACUGUUGCCAAAUCACUUAAUACUCGCCGCCUUGCUCGUCAGGGGCGAGUUGCACAGACAGGUACAAGGGACAGUAAAUUGGAGAUUCUUGUGGGGGAUAGUGGCUGGGUGGAUCACCGUGAAAAUGGAAUUAUAUAUUCAUUUGACACUACCAAGUGCAUGUUCUCUUGGGGCAAUCUUUCUGAGAAGCGACGUAUGGCACAACUGGACUGCAGAAAUGAUGUUGUAGUGGAUUUGUUUGCCGGAAUCGGAUACUUUGUCCUGCCAUUUCUUGUGGGGGCGAAGGCAAAACUAGUUUAUGCUUGUGAAUGGAACCCCCAUGCUAUUGAGGCACUUAGACGUAACCUCCAACUAAAUUCUGUUGCGGAUCGCUGUAUUGUACUGGAGGGAGAUAACAGGGUUACAGCACCUAAGGGAGUGGCUGACCAAGUUAAUCUUGGUCUUCUUCCAACUAGCGAGGGUAGUUGGGUCACUGCUGUUCGGGCGCUAAGGAAUGAGGGUGGAAUACUACACAUUCAUGGAAAUGUGAAAGACACAGAGGAAGCUUCAUGGGCAGAACAUGUAGCGGAAUCAAUCAGUGCAAUAGCUAAAUCUGAAGGUCUUUGUUGGGAUGUUUCUGUUGAACAUAUGGAAAGAGUGAAAUGGUACGCCCCACACAUCCGCCAUCUCGUUGCUGACUUGAGAUGCAAGCAAAAGGCUCAGAAAUUAUAGCUGAAGGGGUUCACGAGAUUUCGAAGAUCAGAAUUCACAAGCUGACCAAAUAGUGAAGUGUUUGUGGUGAAGCAUUGUGUUAAGAUCUGCUGCAUGGUUCUUAAAACAAGACCCCAGUUUAUGUCUGCCACUUGCAAGUUACAUUUUUCUUUUUCUUUUUGAAGAUAUAAUUGAAAGUCAGAAGUUAUUUUAUGGGGAUGGAUUGGGCGGUUUUGAUGAUGUCUUUGGAUCUGGGAAGUAAGGGACCUUCAAUAAUAGAUUAGAUUCCAAUGGCUUGAACUUCCAACAACAAACAAAGGUAUUUAUUGUCAUGGUCAGAAUUAUAUUUUUCAGUAAUGAACCAUUUUAAAACCCAAUAAGAUAGUAAUUUAUUUGACAUAUGGUUUAUUUUUAUAUGAUAAUAUUUUGUACUCUCUUGAAUUCUAAGGACCCGCAUUUAUUUUACCGUAUUUAUAAUUUUGAAUAGAAAUCUUCACUUUGUCAUAAAUAUCUAUGUAACUUGUGCAUAUUUUAUGUAAUAAUAGUGAUGUAAAUUAUGUUAUCUUAGAUAAAAAAGUGAAUUCA